UCCGCACGUAUAGAACAACUCAUCAGUCCUCUCCCAUUUUCUUCUCCCUUUUGCCUGUGUUCCCUAUGCUCAUCAGCAAGACGCCGUCGAGCCCACCGUCACCGUCCAUAGAGCCCACGCCAUCACCGUCCGUCGAGUCUCUCUCUCUCUCGGCCGAUUUUGGGCUUGGGUUCGGAUGCCGAUUUGAUUUUUCUAUUUCUGAGAUGGGUUUUUGAUUCCCCCCAGUUUUGUGGACAUUGUAAUCCUCAAGGGCUGUUUGUUUGUCCUUUGGGUUUUUGAUUUCCACGUGUUUGUUUGUCUCCCCCCACUGAAGAAGCUCUCAAGAAAUAAGAGACUGGGAGCUCCAGUAAAACGCAUGGAGGCUGAUUGGAGGGAAGAACAAACAAAUCUUUCAGAGCUCCAAAAACCCACAAAAAUUCAAGCAAUUUGUACAGAAACUUUACAUGCUAGGCUGAUUCUAGUCUAUGGGAGUUCAUGUAGUCCGCGAGUAAAAAGAACAAUGCGGCUCUUGGGGUUGUCAAGUGUUUGCAAAGCAAACUUGCUGAAAGGUGCCAUACUGCAAAGCGUGAACCUUACUCGAGUCAUUUCGUCAUUCUCAACUAAUAUCGGUAAGUCUGCUAGAAGAUUACAAUCUUGCACGUAUUAUUCUUCUGCUGCAGCAACUAAUGAUGACACUGAUAAGGGCACUGAAAAAAUGACAUUGGCAAAGAACUUGGCCUGUCUUGUCGAAGAAUCUUCUUGUGUUGAUGAGAGAAAGCCCAGGAGUAGAAUGGGGCUGAAGAGGUCUUUUGAACUCCACAUAAAGAAGAGGGUGAAGGAGCAAUACAUGAAUGGGAAGUUUCAAAACCUAAUGGAAAAAGUGAUUGCCAAUCCAGACACUCUUCAGGAUGCUUACAAUUGUAUAAGGCUAAAUUCAAAUGUAGAUAUAUCAUUAAAUAAUGACAGAGCCUCUUUUGAAACCACGGCUGAAGAGCUUUGUAGUGGGAGUUUUGAUGUCAAUGCCAAUACUUUCUCUGUCUCAACAAAGGGUGCAAGGAAAGAAACCCUUGUCCUUCCCAAUAUUAAGUUGAAGAUUGUUCAGGAAGCUAUCAGAAUAGUUCUAGAAGUUGUUUACAAGCCCCACUUUUCUAAGAUUUCUCAUGGUUGUCGGAGUGGAAGAGGACACUCAACGGCAUUGAAGUACAUCAACAAAGAGAUCUCUAACCCUGAUUGGUGGUUUACCUUUCACAUAAAUAGAAAGCUCGAUGCUUGUGUCCUAGCUAAAAUCAUUUCAACAAUGGAGGACAAGAUAGACGAUCCCAUGUUUUACGAUAUCAUUCGCAACAUGUUUGAUGCUCAGGUACUCAAUCUGGAGUUCGGGGGUUUUUCAAAAGGUCAUGGUCUACCACAAGAGGGAGUGUUGUCCCCUAUACUAAUAAAUAUAUAUCUUGACCUCUUUGACCGUGAAUUUUACAGAUUGUCAAUGAAAUAUGAAGCUCUGGAUCCAGGUUUUCUUUCUAAUCAAGAUGGGUCCUAUUCCAAGCUGCGCACUUGGUUUAGGAGACAGCUGAAGGGCAAUGAUCUCAACUGCAAAAGUGAAAAGAAUGUUAGUAUAAGAGUUCAUUCUUGUCGUUUCAUGGAUGAGAUAUUUUGUGCAGUCUCUGGUUCCAAAGAACUUGCUCUCAGUUUUAAGUGUGAGAUUCUAAAUUACUUGCAGAAUUCUUUGCUCUUGGAUGUUGACAAUCAAACAGAAGUAUUACCAUGUGAGGGGCCCCAGGGGAUUCGCUUUCUGGGCUAUUUGGUUAGAAGAAGCAUAAGAGAAAGUCCUGCUAUGAAGGCUGUUCACAAGUUAAAGGAAAAGGUUAAUUUGUUUGCUUUACAAAAACAAGAGGCGUGGAAUGCCGGGACUAUUAGAAUUGGCAAGAAAUGUCUGGGUCAUGGUUUGAAGAAGGUUAAAGAGUCUGAAAUCAAGCAUUUAGCUGAUUGUAACUCUAUUUUGAGCCAAAUUUCCCGUUUCCGUAAAGCUGGGAUGGAAACUGAUCAUUGGUACAAGCUCUUACUAAAGAUAUGGAUGCAAGAUGUUAAAGCCAAAACAGCAAAGAGUGAGGAAAUUAUCCUUUCUAAGUAUGUUGCAGAACCAUCCCUUCCCCAAGAACUGAUGGACUCCUUUUAUGAAUUUCAGAGGCGUGCAGAAGAAUAUGUUUCUUCUGAGACAGCUUCUACUCUUGCUCUUUUGACAAAUUUGAACUCCUCUAGCAAAUCUGACUCCAUCACUGAGAUUAUUGCUCCUGUUGAUGCCAUAAAAAAGAGGCUUUUACGAUAUGGAUUGGCCACCUAUGAAGGGCACCCUCGUACAACUUCUCUGCUUGUUUUACAAGAUAAGGACCAGAUUAUCAACUGGUUUUCUGGUCUUGUCCGCCGUUGGCUUAGAUGGUGUAGUCAGUGCGAUAAUUUUAGUGAUGUAAAGCUCUUAAUUUCUGAUCAAGUUAGGAAAUCUUGCAUUCGUACUCUAGCAGCGAAGUACCGGAUACAUGAAAACGAGAUAGAAAAACGGUUUGACUCACAAUUGAGCAGGAUUCCUUCUACUCAAGAAAUAGAGCAAGAGAUGGAAAAUGAGACAUCAGAUACCCAAGCUUUUGAUAAUGAUGAGGCUUUGAUGUAUGGGAUAUCUUAUAGUGGCUUGUGUUUACUUUCUCUAGCAAGAGUGGUGACCCAGUCACGGCCUUGCAAUUGUUUUGUUAUGGGGUGCCCUUCUCCAGCACCAGAUGUUUAUACUCUUCAUGUGAUGGAAAGGCAGAAGUUCCCAGGCUGGAAGACAGGGUUCUCAAGUUGUAUUCAUCCUAGCUUGAAUAAAAGACGGAUCGGGUUGUGUAAGCAACAUUUAAAAGAUUUGUAUCUUGGUCAUAUAUCACUUCAGUCCAUUGAUUUUGGUGCCUGGAAAUGAGUGCUUUUAGUGAAUUCAGAAUAUUGUCAAGCAGCCGGUGCCUGGACUGUUGAUCUCUCGAUAACUUAGCAACAGAAGAAGCAGUCCCAGAGGGUUCAAGAUGACAAGGGACUCUGCUGGUGUGCCAGUUUGGAAUUGUCAGCAUGGGAACAUCAGAUGUUUGACUUGCUACAUGAGGAGAAUGCGUUAAAUUUGUAAAGAAGUCACCUUCUUAGGUGUUUUAGCAGAACAGCGAUGUGAAGCGAAUGAAGUCAUGAUAUAUACUCCUUUUGGCAUCAAGGUUUGGAGCAGAUAGCAUGCCAUUUUUCCUCCAUUAUCUGUUGGGGAAGGGACAACAAGGCAAGUCUGCCAAGCCCCCUGUGUUGAUGACUUUGAGCUUUUGAAGGAUAAAAGCAGACAUUGGGAAUGAUAUAACAGAGAGGGCAGUGCCACGGGUGUAAAUAGCCUUUUCUUGUGUUCCUUCUUUUUUUCGCAUGCGCAAAAUGAAGGAGAAAGAACUGUCAAUGUUGAAGUGCGAGAGUGGAGCACCAACAGCAACGGUCAUGAGACUCAUGACCUUUUCAGUGAGCCAGAUAACUUUAUUGCCCAUCUAUAUUCCAACCGUUCUUUUGACAGUAAUCUGUAUUGUAUUGCGAACUAUUGUAUUGAGUCUGGAACUCCAGUGGUUUUUUGCCUAACACUAGCAGAAUUAAAACUAAGGUAUUAGUAAUAACAGUAAGACUAGUUGGAUUGAUUA